GAGUACUAUGAGGUAUUCCGUAUGCAUCAUAGGUUAUAUGGAAAUAGAGAGGAUGAGAGAAAUUACGAGAUAAUAGUGCCCGAUCCCGAGUAGAGGGUGUGAUUUCCUCCCUUAGACGACUCGGAACGUCCCCUUUUAUAUGCAUAUGACUGCUUCUUUACAAAACUAGGCAUUACAUUCCUUUUUUCCAAUUUUGAAACGAACAUCCUCUAGACCUAUAAUGUCACUCCUUCCCAACUUCACCUAAAUUUUUGGGCUUUUUUGAAAAUCUACCAGCUUUUAUGUCAAGAGCUCAAGGUCUGACCUUCCCUCAAGGUCUUCUUUCACCUUUUUGUCUUGACAAAAUCCGGAUCUUCGAAAGGGAAGUCUUCUUGGUUUUCCUUUUGCGUUAUUCAGGGUAGAAAGGUUUUUUACAUUUACGAUGAAUUCUUCCACGAUUUUAAAAAUUAUUUCUUUAAAAUUCGAGCUGUAGAGGUGCUUGGACUUUCUAUCUAGAUAAAAAAGAUGAGCCUUCUUUUCCACUGUACUGGGAGUAAAAACCCUUAAUAGCUAAGUACAAUGUAGAUGCCUUAGAUGAUAUUGAAAAGUGUGUGGUGGACGUGUUUGAAGAGUGUUGGGGACGAACUCCUCACUUGGAUACUAAAAGAUUCUUAGGAAACCCCAGUUAACUUCGAUCCGAGCUAGAGACCAUAGAUCCGAAGUAUGUGGCAAUGAAACAACUGAGCAAAACCAAGAAGACGGUUGUGGCUCAAGGUAUUCAGGAAAAAGAAGUCGGGGUGCUUCUGUCUGACCUUCCCCGAAGAAGAUGGAUUCGGGUUCUUCAGCCCAAAAGAAGGUCAUCCCCACCCCUUCCAUUCAAUUCAUUUCCCCUGAUUCCCCAUCAAAAAGUACGGCAGUCCCUGCUUUUCCUUCAUCUUUAAAGCCUCCUCCAAAAAGGCAAAAAAUUACUAGAGAGGAGCAUUUAUGAUACAGGGUUUGACGAGAUUGCUUGGAAUGAUAAAAGCAUCUUUUUCCAUAGCCACAUUAGAAUGGACGAUGUAGCUAUUCAGAACCAUCUCCAGCUUAUGACCUAAAAUGGAAUUCGGAUAGCUGGCAUAUGUACAUCCUUGGUCAUGGAGCUGUAGAAGACUCCCCUUAGUGCCACCCAUAGCUCUUUGGUGGCGGCUCGAGCUGAGAUGGAAAGGCUUAAAGAGAUAAAGAAGGAGUUGGAGGAGGAAAAAGACGGGUUAACUUCUGACUUAGAAAAAGCUCGGUCUCGAGUAAAGAAGGCAGAAGCAGCUGCAGCCAUGGCAGAGGGGAUAAAGAAGAAAGCAGAGAAAAGUUAUACUUGUGUUUAUGGGGAGAAAAUUUACCUUCAGGAGAAGUUAAAAAAUGCCAGAGAGGAAUAUGUUGCUCUUCAAGAGUCUGUGGUCGAGGGAAUGGACGAAAUGUUUAACAAUCUGAAAGCUCAAGUCCAGGUCCUUGCCCCCGGGGUCGAUCUUUCCUUGUUCAGUCAAGACAACAUAGUGGUUGAUGAAAAGAUCGUCCCGGCCCCCGAGGACGAGGAGGAGGAUCCUUUGCCCGACUCAAAAUCUUCGGGAGCGCAAGGCGGUCAAGCUUCUCAAACCCCCGAGGUCCAACCCGAGGUCAUUAAUGCUGAACUCCCUCCUUCGCCUCCUGGUGCUAUCCCGGCUGUACUGGUCUCUGUUCAUCCUCCGACCCCUCCUGCCCGAGGUCAAGACAUCGUGACGAAGGAGGGUCUUAACCUUCUUUUUGGCCCCUCUUUGUAGUUUUUCGUGGUUUUUCUUUUUGUUGAAUGGCCCGAGUUGUAGGUCUUUGACAAACGAUUUAUUUUGUAAUAGCGGGUAGUUUCUU